GCUCUCAUGCUAUGCUUUUGCUCAAUCGAUCCCCCUUUUCAGCCCUACUUUCGUCACCAUUUCAUUUGAUUUGCUUUCCUCUCAACUUGUUUCCUUCAUUUUCUCUGUUCAAUCCUUCUUUCCAUCAUCUUCUGCUGCUACCCUCUGCACCGCAUCUUCACAUCCCUUUACAGACACCAACUCAUUCUCACGUUGCUCUUUUUCUCACCCUUUCUUUUGAUUUCAUUUGAUUUGAUUUGAUCCCAACUCGUUCCCUCCAUUGUUUGCAGAUCCAUCUUCUUUCGCUACUCUCUGCACCUCAUUUUGCCUCCCUUUACUAAAAAUCAGCUUAUUUCCACUAUUCUCAUCUUUUGUUUCAUAUCCUCAUCUGAUUCAUUUGCUUCUUUUGUUCCUUGUGUCUUUAUUCCUGUUUGGCACCUAUGUAUUUUUCCAAACUCAAAAAAAAGAAAAAAAAAAAAAGAAUUAGAAGAUGUCCGACCCUUCUUCGUUUUGUCAGAAUGCUGCUGCAAAUUUUGUUGGGAACUUGUUUAGUGGAAUUUUCACUCUCAUCUCAAAGCCAAUUAUUCUUGUGAUCAAGUGCGACAAUAAUGUUGACUAUUUGAAGAACAAAGUUGCUGAGCUGAAGGAUGAGAGAGAGACUGUGGAGAACUAUGCUAAAGCUGUUGAGAGAAGAGGGGAACAUAUUGCACAAAAGGUCGGGAAUUGGCUGACCAGGGCCAACAAUUGCAUUGAAGCUGCAGAGAAAUUAGUAGCUGAUGCUGCAGAGAAAUUAGUAGCUGAUGCUGAAGGAAAUGCCAAGAAGAAGUGUUUCUUUGGGCUGCGUCUCAAUCCCAAAUCUCGUUACCAACUCAGCAAAAACGCAGAGGAGAAUUCCAAGACUAUUGAUAAACUUAAUGCUGCUGGAAAUUUAGUUGGGAACUUGUUUAGUGGAAUUUUCACUCUUAUCUCAAAGCCAGUUAUUCUUGUGAUCAAGUGCGACAAUAAUGUUGACUAUUUGAAGAACAAAGUUGCUGAGCUCAAGGAUAAGAGAGAGACUGCGAAGAAGUAUGCUGAAACUGUGGAGAGAAGAGGGGAAGAGAUUAUGCCAGAGCUCAGGAAUUGGCUGACCAGGGCCAACAAUUGCAUUGAAGCUGCGGAGAAAUUAGUACCUGAUGCUGCAGAGAAAUUAGUAGCUGAUGCUGAAGGAAAUGCCAAGAAGAAGUGUUUCUUUGGGCUGUGUCUCAAUCCGAAAUCUCGUUACCAACUCAGCAAGAAAGCCAAGGAGAAUUCUGAGGUUAUUGUUGAUCUUGUGAACAAAGCUCGUGAAUUCGACCUCCCACUUUCCCAAAUUCCUGCUCUACAAAAACAAGUGGCCGCGCCUGUCAAAGGUUUUGAGGGCUUUUCCUCAAGAGAGGAUGUUCUGGAGAGGAUCAUGAGGGCACUGCAGAGUCAAAGCAGCAUCAUUAUAGGGGUGCACGGGAUGCCUGGCAUGGGGAAGACGAUGCUGGCCAAAGAAAUAAAAAGAAAAGCAGAGCAAGACAAGCUGUUCGAUGUGGUAGUUAUGGCUCUUGUUUCGAGGAAUGCAGACUUGAGAAAUGUUCAAGUUGAAAUUGCCCGUGGCUUGGAUCUAGAUCUGCUUCCUUAUGGAACUAGAGCAGAGGAUGCUGCUGAAUGUAUUAGAGGAAGGCUGAAGAAAAUGAAGAAGGUUUUGAUCAUUCUGGAUGAUAUUUGGAGGCCUGGAAUAGAUUUGGAGGAGCUUGGAAUUCCUCUGAGAAACGAGCCCAAAACAAUAGAGGGGAGCUCAUCAAGAGAAGAAUAUGCAGAAUGCAACAUUCUGCUAACUUCCAGAGAUUCUAAUGUUUUAUCCGAUCUAAUGGGUUCUCAGCAGAACUUUCCACUUCAUCAUUUAAAAGAUGAAGAAGCAUGGGAGUUGCUUAAAAGCAUAGUCGGUGACCGAGCAGAGAGUGAUGAUAUACAUAGCGCAGCUAUUGAGAUUGUCCGUGGAUGUGGGGGCUUGCCCCUUGCAAUUACAACAAUGGCAAUGGCUUUGAAAAAUAAGCAGCCUUACGAAUGGAUGGAUGCUGUGAGAAUACUAAAAAGGCCCUCUUCAGAAAACUUUGAUGGCAUAUCUGCAAAUGUUUAUUCUGCUAUUGAGGUCAGUUACUUUCAUUUGGAAAGCGAGAAGCUCAAGAAAACAUUUUUGCUUUGUUGCCUGAUGGGUCACAAGUUUUUUCUUCGAGACUUGUUGAAGUAUGGUGUGGGCUUAGGCUUAUUUGCUAAUACCAUAGAGGAAGCACGAAAUGAAGUGCUUACUUUGAUAAGCAAGCUCAGAGCCGCUUCUUUGCUCAUUGAUGAUUCUGACAAUAACCGUUUUGACAUGCAUGACCUUAUCCAUGAUGUGGCUGUAUCAAUUACAAGUAGGGAUCGUCAGGGGUUGCUGCUAACAGGGGAUCAUGUUCCGAAGGAGUGGUCAGACAUGGAGACAAGGAAAGAUUUCAAAUGGAUUUGUCUGCGACAUUCUAAUGUUGAUGGGUUACCUGAAGAGUUAGAAAGCCUCCAUCUUACUCUCUUUCGGUUGGACAAUAAAAAUCCUUCUCUGCAAAUUCCAGCAAACUUUUUCAAGGAAAUGCCAAGACUCAAGGUAUUGGAUUUGACUGGCAUGCAUAUGUCAUCCCUGCCUUCAUCAAUUUGCCUCUUGCAGAACCUCCAUACAUUAUGCUUGGAUCAAAGCGUGUUGGGGGACAUACGUACUAUUGGAGAGCUGAAGAAUUUAGAAAUUCUUAGCCUUGGGUGGUCUGAGUUUGAAGAGCUUCCAGGGGAAAUUGGGCAGUUGACUCGGCUAAAGUUAUUAGAUUUGAGUGUCUGUGCUAAACUCAAAAUAAUUCCCCCAUGUGUCUUGGCAAGUAUGUCCAUAUUAGAGGAACUGUACCUGGGAAACAGCUUCGAUGGAUGGGAGGUUGAGGAAAAUGAAAAUCAAAGAAAUGCGAGCCUUGCUGAGUUGAAGCAUUUGAAGAAAUUGACUAAUUUAGAGGUAUGCAUUCCUGAUAUUCAGAUGAUCCCAAAAGAUUUGUUCUUUGAAAAUUUGAAAAAAUUCAAAAUAUUCAUUGGGCAAGACUGAAGAGCUACAUCUAAGGGAGUUGGCAGGUGUAGAGAAUGUGGUUGAUGAGUUAAAUACGGAAGGUUUUCCAGAUUCGAAGCGUCUCUAUGUCCGUAAUGCUCCAGAGGUUCAACAUAUCAUUAAAUCAGCGGAGGGGGUUCUUUUCAAUGCAUUUCCCAGGUUGGAAGUAUUAUUUCUCCAGAAUUUGAUCAAUUUGGAGAAGAUAUUUCGAGGCCGGUUCAAAGAUACUGCUUUUAGCAAUUUAAGAAUUAUUACCAUUGAAUGUUGUGAUAAGGUGAAGAAUUUGUUCUCUU